GAGCUCGACGAUCCUCUCUCUCUCGUCGUCGCCAUCGUUCGGUCCUGCGACAAAUCGACCCAGCCCCCGUCCGACAUCGCCAGCAUCGCCAUCGCGUGCUGAGCGAGCUCGAGCGAGCAGAUCCCCCGUGCAGCUGCGCAGGAGAAUCGAUCGGAAUCGAUCGCCUCCGAGCCCCUCCUCCUCCUUCGAGCGCUCGCGUCUGCCGAUCGGCCAAUUGGAGAGCCGUGGAGGGCGAGCAGCAGGACUCCGUGCAGUCGCCGGGAGCAGGAGCAGGAGCAGAGCAGAGCAGGAGCUCGAGGUGGAGCUCGAGGGUGGCCAUAGCUCGGAGGUGGGUGGGGGGUGAGGAUUAAGGCGAGCUCGGGGGUGGAGGAAAGAUUGUCACGACGGCGUCCAUAGCUGAGCAGGAGGUGGGGCGAGCACGGGAGGAGAAGAUGGCGCACCGGUGUCUGGUGUGUGCGCCGCUGGUGGCCAAGUCCGUGGAGGACAUGGUGGCGAAGAUGGGCCAGGCGAAAGCGGCGGGAGCCGAUUUGGUCGAGCUGCGGGUCGACCACAUCGAGGGAUUCAAGGCGGAGGCCGAUCUGCCGACGCUGCUCGACGCGCGCACUCUGCCGGCCAUCGUCACCUACAGGCCGACAUGGGAGGGCGGCGAGUACAUCGGCGACGAGGCUCCCCGCCUGCAAGCCCUGCACCUGGCGGCCGAUCUCGGAGCCGAUUUCGUCGACGUCGAGCUGCAAUGCGCCACGGAUUUCAUCGCCGCUCGCAAGAGCAAGAGCUCGUCGUCGGCCACCAAGUUCAUCGUGUCCAACCACAAUUACCAUUUCACGCCGUCCGAGGAGGAGCUGGGAGCUCUGGCUGCCAAGGUCGUGGCCACGGGUGCCGACAUUGUGAAGCUCGUCACCACGGCCGAGGACAUCACCGACGUCGGCCGAGUGCUGAAGCUGCAGAGCCGCGCGCAGAUUCCCACCAUCACUCUGGUCAUGGGGCCCAAGGGCUUGAUCAGUCGAAUUCUCGCCCCGAAAUUCGGCGGAUUUCUGACCUUCGGCACUCUCGCCUCGGGCCAGGAAAGCGCUCCGGGGCAACCGACUCUUGCCGACCUCAUCAACAUCUACAGAAUCAAGCAGAUCAACGCCGACACCAAAGUCUAUGGAAUCAUCGGCAAUCCCGUGGGCCACAGCAAGGGCCCUCUUCUGCACAAUCCUGCCUUCGCCGAGACUGGGCACAAUGCCGUCUACGUGCCUCUGCUAGUGGACAAUCUCGGGGAAUUUCUCAAGGUUUUCGAUGCCCCCGACUUCGCCGGAUUCAGCGUGACGAUCCCCUUCAAGGAAGAUGCCAUCAUCUUGGCCGACGAAGUGAGUCCUCUGGCCAAGGACAUCGGUGCUGUGAACACUCUGGUGAGGAAGAGCGAUGGCCGAUACAUGGGUUACAACACCGACUGCGAUGGCGCUCUGAGCGCUAUCGAGGAUGGCCUUCGGGCUCGUGGGCUGGCCACCAGCGAGGGCUCGCCUCUGGCAGGCAAAACCUUCGUGGUGAUCGGUGCAGGAGGAGCUGGGAAGGCUCUGGCCUUCGGGGCCAAGGUGAGGGGAGCCACGGUGAUCGUCGUCAACCGGAAUUUCCAAAGGGCCUAUGAGCUUGCGAAAUCUUGUGGAGCCAUUGCCUUUCCUCUGGAAGAAUUGGCCAACCUGCCUGCUUCCCCUGGCAUGGUGCUGGCCAAUUCCACCUCGGUGGGCAUGCACCCGAAUGUCUCUGCGUCUCCGCUGCUGGACAAGGAGGCUCUGAGGAAGUACGAUCUGGUGUUCGAUGCUGUGUAUAAUCCUCUGGAGACGCGAUUACUGCGGGAAGCGAAAGAGAUGGGAGCUGUUGUAGUCAGUGGCAUAGAAAUGUUCAUUAGGCAAGCCAUCGGUCAGUUCGAGCUCUUCACCGACGGGCCUGCUCCUCGGGAACUGAUGCGCAGCAUCAUCGAGGGUUUCCACUAGGGUUUCCCUGCAUUUUUCUGCAAGAGAUUUUCUCGAGCAAACGUAUGUAAUUAUAAAUUCAUAUCAGCGGGAACAUUCAUACUCGAGGCGAAUGAUGGCAAGGCCCUUCUGAUUGCGCAUGGAAAGGAGAUGCAAGUAGUUCAGUCUUGGGUCGGCUUUCAGUAGGUACUCGUGGAAAUGAACUCGUUUAAGCUUCGUUGUGUCAAUUUGUGCUGCCUGGAUUCUGCGUAUCAGUUGCGGUUCUGGAUGGAUUUACAAAGUGAGCUGUUGGCGAGCUAGUCUCAUGGCCCGAAGCCCGGCCUCUGUCACCACAAGUAUUCUUCCGCAAGCAGCAGCAGAGUACAGAAAAAUCAGAUGAUCCGGUAAGUCCUGAACAGAUCAACAUCAUCAUCUUGUACAUUUGCACCACAUUGGUCUAGCAGUACGUCCAGAUACAGGGAUGCUGCGGGUGGCAUGUGGAUAAAACUUCUUUGAGAAGAUGAUCCAGACGUCAGGGUUUCGAAGCUAAAUGCUACAAGAUGUAUGCAUUGUGUUAGCUCGUAUUUAUUUUGCCAUCGGAUCGAUCGAGCGUCCCUCGAGCCCGGCAUGAAGAGUAGGAAGUAGGACAGGCAGCGAAGACAAGAUGAGGGUGUAUAGAAGCCAAUUCUUUUGCCCCUGACAAUCGGGGAAUUACGUUAUUUUCUAGAGAAAAUGUCCAACUUUGGAGGUGCAGUUUCGUAUCUCGUCGAAGAAAGGGGUUUCCAACGAGCAGGCC